AUGGCUGCAUCGUUCCCUCCCCCUCCCGUCAACACCAUUGACUGGGACAACAUUGGCUUCCAAGUCCGUGAAGUAAACGGCCACAUCGAAUCCACCUACUCCAAAAAGACGGGCCAAUGGACCUCCCCCAAAUUCGUCACCUCCCCUUACCUCCGUAUCCACGGCAUGGCUCCCGGUCUCAACUACGGACAACAAUGCUACGAAGGCCUCAAAGCCUUCCGCACCCCCGACGAUGCCGCUAUCACCAUCUUCCGCCCCUCGAUGAACGCAAAGCGUAUGCAACACUCGGCAUCGUUUGUCUCCAUGCCCGAAGUCCCCGUUGAGCAUUUCGAGCAUUGUGUCAAAGCUGCAGUGGCAUUGAACGCCGAAUACGUGCCUCCUGCUAGAACAGGUGCUGCCAUGUAUAUCCGCCCUUUGCUGUUUGGAAGUUCUGCGCAAUUGGGUCUGAGUCCGCCUGAAGAGUACAUGUUUGUGGUUUGGGUCUUGCCCGUCGGUGUGUACCAUGGUGUUCACUCUGUCCCUGCCCUCAUCCUUGAGGACUUUGAUCGUGCAGCCCCUCAUGGUACUGGCAGUGCCAAGGUCGGUGGAAACUAUGCGCCUGUGUUGAGAUUCAGUGAAAGAGCUAGGAAUGAUGGUUAUGGUAUUACACUGCACUUGGACUCGAGGACGAGGACGGAGAUUGACGAGUUUAGCACUUCUGCUUUCUUGGGUGUCAAGAAGGAUGGGGAGAAGACCACACUCGUUGUGCCGGAUAGUAAGAAUGUCAUUGAGAGCGUGACGGCGGAUAGUGUGUGUGAGAUUGCACGCAGUUUUGGCUGGACUGUUGAAAAGAGAGCUAUCAACUACGACGAACUCAAAUCCUUUGAUGAAGUCUUUGCGGCCGGUACAGCAGCCGCCCUCGUACCCAUCAAGAGCAUCACGAUGAAGUCCCGCAACGACACCUUCACCUACCUCGACUCUGACGAGCCUGGUCCUGCUUGCCUGAAAUUCCUCGAUCAUCUCAAGGGUAUCCAGACUGGACGUUACGAGGACAAGUUUGGCUGGAAUGUCAAGGUUGAGCAGGUCAAGAGGGAGGGGUAUGGGGCGGAGGAUGAGACUAAAGGGGGCAAUGUUGAUAUGAUUAAUGCUUGA